GCCAACAAAUAUGCAAUUUUCAACUAUUUCAAUUUGUUAAAAAAAAUAGUGUAGACAUAGUUAUCUAUGAAGUAGACAACAAAUUGUUUUUGGCUGUGGGGCCUGAUGUGACAUUUCUGACAGGACGCUAUCGUUUGAAUUUUAUGGGAUUACGAAAUAUUGUUUUUGUAUCUUGUACUAUAUUGUUUUUAAUUUUUAUUACUAGUUAUUUACAUUAACAAUCAAUCAUUAGUUAUUUUAGGUUUAAGUACAUUUGUGGAAGUUGUAUCUACAGUAUAAUUAAAAGUUCAAACAGUGCUUGUUUACAAGACAUUACAAAGCAUUACAGUGAAAUAAAAAAUUAAUAAAAUGGAAAAUCGGGUAUCAAAUGCUCAAAUGGAUGAUCUUCUGGAAUAUUUAGAGUCACAUCCAAAAAUGAUUAAUACCGUCGGUCUAACAUUGAAAUCGAAAGACGCGGUGGAUCGUGAAUGGGAGAAUUUAGCUCGAAAAUUAAAUGCACAUGGAAUAGGAGCCACGAAAACAGGGCAUCGUUGGAAAAAGUAUUGGAUAGACCUUAAACAUAAGGUGAAGACCAGAGCUGCAGCAAAAAGGCAAAAUAGCAAAACAGUUUCUUCAUAUGAAGAAUGUUUAUCAAAGUCAGAUAGAAAAGUCCUGAGAAUACUGGAAGAGUAUGACAGUCAGCAAACGGAUCCUUUUUUUAUAUCAAGUGCUUUUACCUACGAACUGCCACAGCCAGUGUUGAAUGAAGGAGAUCUCCCGGAUACGAGUAUAUCAACGUUGAUAGAACAUAAAGAUAUGAUGCAGACAGGUGGCGAAGAAGCCAAUACUUCAGAACAAAAUGGAUCGCAACUUCAGCAUACCCACGCCUCAAUCCAGACUGUUCAAGCUGAAGUGCUUAAUAUAGAUGGACUUGAAGAAAUUAGGCGAGCUUCCAGUGAAAGUAUCCAAACUGAAAUACCAAAUAUAGGUAUUACGAGUACGGUACGGCGUCCACGACUCAGGCGUCCUGUUUUGAAUUUUUAUUGUAGAGAAACGAGUAAAGGCGCCAGUAAACACAGCUUGGGUCAUAGAAUUGGAACGCAGACGGGUUAGAGCCGAGGAGAUGAUGGCUAGAGCAUCUUUAAUAAUGGCACAGGCUGCUAAAACCUUCAGUGAAGGCAUGGUACAAUAUUUAAAUAGAAAUAACGGUAAAUGAAUAUUUUUAAAGAAUAAAUUAUAGUUGUUAUUGAUGUUAAGAAGUUUGAAUAGAAACUUGAUUAAACAUUUAAACAAGUGAA